AUGUUGGAUCAAUCGCAGAUGAUUCGAAACAACAACAACAAUAAUAAUAAUAAUAGUUCAUCAUCAACAUUGACAACUAAUUCCAACAACUUUUCUUCAUCAUCGUCGUUGAAUCAGAAUUUAUCGACAACGUCAACAAAUAACACUUCCACAUCGUUGUCUUCAAAUCAAUCACAACAACAGAAUUCCAUCCAUAUAACCGGUAAUUUAGCUAUUACAGCUACAUCCGGUACUACAAGUAAUGUGUCUUCGGGUUCAACCAAUCAAUCUGCCAAUCUAGGUUCAUCAUCAGCAUCAAAUCCUAACAAUACUUGCUCAGGAUCAACCUCUUCAUCAUCUAGCUCAUCAUCAUCAUUAAUUGGAACAUUGGCCAGUUUGAACCAAAGCAGUAGCCAUAAUGAAUUUAAUUCAUUCAAUUCAAGAUUUUUGGUCAAAUCCGAAGGCCCAAUACAUUCAAGUGAAAAUGAUGACGAAGAUGAUGAUGAUUAUGGUGAUGACGAUGAAAGCUUUGGUGAUGAUGAUCUCUCCACACGUGAUAAUGAUGAUGGACAUUUUUUAGAUAAUUUAAAUUUCGAUGAUAAUGAAGCAUUGGCCCAAAAUGAUGAUUCAUCUGUAUUGGAUUCUGAUUUAGCUGCUGUUUUAGAUGCUGCACAAGCCGAAUCAUCAUCAUCGACAAUAUCAAUGGGUAAAUUAGACCAUAAUAAUCAGGACAUUGUGAAACAAAAACAACGUCUAUUGUUGCUCAAACAACAAAAACGGAAACAAAAAUUACAACAAAAACAAAAAGUAUCAUCUAAUUUAGAAUCAUGUUUACCUCAAUAUGAAUUGAUGCAAGUGAACACUAGGUUCAUUUCGAAUUCUGAAUCCAAACAAAUAGAUUCCUUGAGCACGACAUUAAGUCUAAAUAAUUCUACAUUUGUUGGAUUCUCUGGUCCGAGUACUGCAGGUGGUCACCAAAUGACGGAAGAAUCGCGUGUAUUAUGUAUUGCACGUCGUCUACCGAAUUCGGAACAACAUCCAUCUGGAAAUUCUGGUCAAACUAAAUUUCAAAUAAAGCAUUUCAGUACACGUCUGGAUAUACAUGGAUGUAUUAACUAUGUAGACUGGUCGACAAUGUCUUCAAAUAAUAUUAAUAUACAGCGGCAAAUAUCCCACCUACGAAAUAAUCUAACAACAAAUCGUUUAUUUCAUGAUUCCGUACAUAAAGAUGAUCUGAAUAAGGUUCAACAACAUCUAAAAGAUGCCAUUAUUAAUGCUGGUGGUUCAUCACCGCCAGCCGUAUCAAAGCUAUAUCGUCUUAAAGUUGGUCCUGAUCAAUAUGCAAAAGUUUUGACAAAAACAAAAUUAUUAAAAAAUAAUUCCAUGAUGGCCAAGCAUUCCAUCUUUUUUGAACAGAAUACAUUAUCACCAGUAAAAAAAGAGGAAGAUGAUCAAUCAAUGAUUGAGAAUCGAACAAAUACGACUAUGUCAGGCAAUUUCAACAAUGCUGGUGGUGGUGGUAAUCAUAAUAUUGGAACAUCAUCAAACACAACAUUGAUUGGUAAUGAACAACCGAAUCAUACAACCAGUAGCAACGAGUCUCAGCAACAACAAUCAACAUCCUCCUCAUCUCAAUCUAUAUCGACGACAAAUAAUCCUCAACAACACGAUUCGUCAACAACGCAACAACAUUUGCAUCAAUUUUCAUCAUCGACAUCAUCCUCAUCAUCGUCAGCAUCCUCUUGUGUUACAUCAUCUGGGAUGAUGAAUUCAAAUCAUCUAAUCACUACAAAUCCAAUGAUGCAGAAUCAUAAAUGGACAAAUAAUCCAUUUCAACAACCUCAGGCUCCACCAGAUUUAUCAUCAUCAUCAAUGCAAAUGCAACAAUCAAAUGUUGCCUGUUCAUCAGCAUCUCAAUUCAAUAAUUCAAUGACCACAUUGACCUCAUCAUCAUCUUCAUCAUCUACUGCUGUUUCAGCUACACCAACGGCAAUUGAUUUGAAUCUUGAUGAUUUUGAUGAAAUGUUUUCGAAUAGAUGGGAAUUUAGUGAUACAACUCCAUCAUCAAAUGCAAUGAUUCAACAACAAGAAGAGCCAACAACUACUGUUGAAAAUAUCGUCUUAUCAUCAUCAUCAUUUUCAUCAUCUUCAGGGAACCCUCGUCAAAUUUAUACAUCCGUUCCUUUUACAUCAUCAAUGUCGAUGAUGAUUAAUACAAGUGCCGGUAGUGGUAAUCAACAACAAAUGACGAUGAUCUCAUCACAUCCUCAAAUGUUUUCAUCAUCAAAUUCGACGAUUGGUGGAAAUAAUUUGAUACAACAAGGUAUACACUCAUCAAUUGGAAUUGGCCAAUUAGGGCCGAACAACCAGCAACAAAUGAUUAUGACCACUGCAAAUAAUAGUGAUCAUCAUCAACAACAACAACAACAACAUAGAGUGAUGAUGGAUGAUAAGCUCAGAAAUUUGCUCACUAGUGAUCCGAAUUCCUCAUUAGGUAUUGGUACGCUAAAUUCUGAUCAGACUUCCGAAUUCUCCUCAAAUGACAAUAAUAAUCUAAGUCAUCAAAAUAAUAAGAACAAUAAAACUAGUUCAUCAUUGCAACAUUCAUCAUCAAAUAAUAGUAACAGUAGUGAUAAUAUUUUACGUGAAUUAUUGGACAAUGCAGAUGAUCAACUCAAUGUUAGUGGUGGUAAUGUAACGGGUGAUAUUAGAACGGGUAAUCCAGAAUCUGAAUCCACUUUAUUACAUUUAUCUGGAUGUGGUGGCUCAUCAACGAUGACAACAAAUACAACAUCCAUAGGAUCGGCAUCAAGUUUUGUUGAUCUAUUGAAUGAUACGAAAUCUAUGAUUGUUAAUUCAAGUAAUCAAUCAACAAUGACAACAGCCACCAAUACGACUGCUUCAUCAUCAUCAUCAUCGAAUAACAUGUUGCGUAUGUUACUAAAUGAUGAUGAUAGUGCCAAAUUGGCUGCGAAUCAAUCAACACGUGGAAUGAAAUUAGCCAGUGUUAAUAAGAAUUCACAAAAUGAUGUUCUAAUGGAACAUUUGUUGAAAGAUCAGCAACAACAUCUACAUCAAGAUUCAUCUAGCAACAUUUCUGGAAAUAAUGGCCAGAAAUUUAUGUUUGAAUUAAACUCAUUGCUUUCAUCGAAUAAUGAAGAUGUAUCUAUGCAACAACAACAACAACAACAACAACAACAACAACAACAACAACAACAAUAUAAUUUCAAUCCUAAUAAAAGAAAAUCACCUUUUGAUCAAAAUGAUGUUUAUCUGAUGCAAGAUUCCGAAUCUAAACGUCUGGCAAUCGUUUCAGCGAAUAUUACAACAUCGACUACUUCGAACAAUAGUAUUGGUGUUAAUACAGGAACAUCACAUCAAUUAUUGGCCUGUCAGAAUCCAAUGUUGGCAUCAAUGUUGGCCAAAACGCCUACAUCAUUACCAGAGGAAAAAAUUCAAACAAUUCCACCAUCAAUGAUCUCAUCGACACCGGACGUUAAAUUACCACCCAAUUUAGAUAAGAAAAUUAUUCCAACGCCUCCAACUACAGGAGCAAAUGUUAAUCAAUCAUCGCAAAUACAACAAACGCAUUCGAAUCAACAUCUAUCUCAACAACAUCAGAUUACGAUACAGCAAGCUAAUUUAAUGCAGCAACAACAACAUAUCCAAGAUAUUCAAUUACAAAUUCAACAACAACAACAACAACAGCAUCAUAUCGUUCAACAACAUACUCAACAGCAACAACAUUUAAUUACAACGAUUGGUCCUGGUGGUACUACCAGUUUGGUACCAGCACCUAUAGCUAUUAAAUCUGGCCAACAGCAACAACAACAACAAAUUCAUCAUACGAACCAAAGCCAAUUACAGCAACAGAUUGCAGCAGGUGGAAAUUUUGUUCAACGAUUACAAUUGAGACAGCAACAGAUAAACAAUAGUUCAGACCUACAACAAUUGUUACAACAACAACAACAACAACAACCCGUUCUUCAGCCACAAGCAACUAUGUCGGUUGGUCAACAAAUUGUUCAACAACAAAAACUUCAAUUAAAACAACAACAACAGCAGCAGCAACAACAACAACAACAAACCAGUACUGGUCAAAAAACAACAAAUUUUUUGACCCAAAUCCUUACAACAGCAUCUGGUAAUGCUGUACCAUCAUCUAAUAAUGUACCUGGUUCUGCUAUGGCCACAGUCAAUCCAAUCAAUGUUAAUAAUUGUGGUGCAAUGAUUUCAAAAAGUGGUAUGUUAACAUUAACAGCGACCACGAAUCAACGUGUUACGAUGCUUCGUAAUUUUUCAAAAGUUCAACAACAACAUGGAACCACAAUGACAACGAUUCAACCGCAAUCUGUGACGCAACAACAACAACCAAUUGGUGUUGGAUUUAUCCAUACAUUAUCCGGUGGUCAACUGCAACCAUCAUCACAGCAACAUACGAUUGUGACACAUCAACCAGCAGCUCAACAACAGAUCUCAACGAAUCCUCAACAGCAUAUUACAACAACGGCCCCAGUGAUUACAUCAGCUAAUCAUCAUAACCAAAGUUCUAAUAAUAAUAAUAAUGCUAGCCUGGUGAAUGAUUCGAUCGAUCUGGAAGAUCCGGCAUUGAUUUCACAGAUUUUGGAUGAAGUAAUCGAACUUCAAGAUGAUACAAUGAUUAGUGGCAAUCAAUCAUCAACAUCUUUGAUCGUAAAUAAUGUUAAUCAAUUGAAUAAUAAUCAUACUAAUAGUGGUACUGUUGGCGUUGGAAACGUGAUGAAUAUCAAUAAUCAACCUUCAUUGAGUUCAUUGCUCUCGAAUACAGCUAAUAUGGCAAGCGUUAGUGGUGGCAAUGCUUGCAACAUUACGACCACUGUAAAUCGUCGUAUUAACAAUGAUGAUAUCGAUUUGAUUGCAUUCAAUUUAGCAGAUUCUUCUGGCAGUCUUGCACAACUCAAUUCUACCACUACAAAUGAACAACAAGCUAUAAGUGAAAUACGUAAAGAAUUGAUGAAAGUUGAAAAUCAACAAAACGUCAGUUCAUCAAAUCAUCAGAUAUUUUCAUCGAAUACAUCACAACCACCUACACCUCAAUCACCAAUGUUGAAUAAUGUUAUUGGUGGUCAAUCAUCAAUUCAACAGCAACAACAUUCGAUUCUAUCGCCUGGACAGCAGCAACAGGUACCACCACCGAAUUAUCAACCACCGCCAUCCUAUCCUCAGGUAUCAAAUACUUUCAUCAAUAACAAUCCACAGCCACCUAUCGGUUCACAGGUUAAUCGUAUAAUGCCCCAAAAGCAAACAACUAUGCAACAAUUGAUGCAACAACAAAGAGCUAAUGUUAGUAUGAUGAAUGCUCGUAUUGGACAACAACAACAACAACAAUCGAAUACAGCAGUUAUGCAAAGAGUGGCUGCUAUGCAGCAGGUACAGCAAGUUUCUGGAACCGGUAAUACCUUUCUUGUUGGACAGACAACAACUACAACCAACACAGGUCAACAACAGCCACAAAUCCAAUUAGUACGAAUGCCCAAAGGAACGAUUAAUUCGGGAGUGACCGGAACACAAGCUAUUGUUCUUGGACAGGGACCACCUAAUUUGAAUGUUGCUCAUAAACGAUUAUUAAUGCAUCAAGAACAACAAGAUUUCAAUGUUAAACCAUCCGAUGGAGGAUUCGAUAUAAAUGGAUUAAAUUCGAUCAAUAACACUGUAGCACCCAAUGUUCAGAUUACUGUCAAACCUCGACAAGCUCUGCCAUCACAGCAACAAGCAACAGUUCAACAGGACGUAAUUGUUACACAAAUGUCACCAAGAUAUGUAAUUGGUGGUAAUAAUAAUACUAGCGGUAACAUUCAAGUGCCUUCUACACCGCCCAUACUACCUCAAUCUCCAGCACCAUGUCCUGCACAAGUUCUUAGUCCAAGUCCUGUACAAGGUCCAACUUCCGGUGGUGUUGUAUCUAGUUCUGCUGUUUUACGUAAUAAUGGCCCAUCAUCUUAUAAUCAUAGCGCUUCAUAUGCUACUAGUCCACAAACGACAUUAGCGACUGGUGGUGGUCAACAAGUUCCAUCACCAUUUUCGUCAACAAAUCAUAUGUCGCCAGGACAUUUUGUUGCUGGUAAUUCCAAUAUGUCUACAUCGGCAUCACCAUCACCAGCACCACCACAAUCUCCAAUGUUGGUACAAUCACCACAAUCAGUAAAUAAUCAACAACAACAGCCAAUCACACAGAUUAGUUGGCAACAACAAGCAUCACCAGCUGCAACUACUUCGAAUCGACUUUCAUCCGGCAAUAAUCAUAAUGUACCAUCACCGGCUCAACAAGUCAUGUCACCAUCAGGACCGACUACAAUGCCUAAAUCUCCGGUUACAACUCCUAAUCUAGUAUCGAUACAGCAACAAUCAAAUCCGAUGUUAAAUGCUCAGCUUUCUGGUGUAGGACUUCAAAGAUUUGCCCGUUCUACACGUCAACAAGGACCUCGUUUUUUCCCAUCAAGACAAGGCCAAUUUGCAAUGCAAACUGUUCAACAACAACCACAAAACAACGGAGAUUUAGCGCAACAAUUUGCUGGCCAACAAACUCAUCAUCAUCAUCAACAACAACAGCAGCAACAACAACCGAUGACCAUACCGAAUAUUCAACAUUUAAUACAACCACGACGAUUGACAUUACGAAUGCCUAUACAAACACAACAAAUUCAACAGCAGCAACAACAAUCAUUCACAAUUAAUACUCAAACGAAUGUCAAAUUAUCGAUACAAUCCCAACAAAAAAUAACGGCCAGUGUUGUUGAUAAUAGUUUUGUUGGUAUUAGUGGUGCUAAUAAUGGCAAUACAAUUAGUUCGGCUUCGUCUAUGUUCUCUCAACAACAACAACAACAGCCACAAAUAUCUCAACAAAUCAAUCUUAAUGAUCUAUCCGGAUUCGAUAAUCUCGAUGGAUUAGUCAAUGUUACCACAUCUACUGGAAAUAAUGCAUUAUCAGUGAAUGAUAACCGUUUAUCAACAUCAUCAUCGGUCAAUAAUCUCAAUAAUAAACCAACAUCUGAUUAUGUGAAACAAAAAUUGAAUUCAUUUGUUAGUGAACGUAGUAGUAAUGUACAACAGCAACAACAUCAAGUAAUAUUACAACAACAACAACAACAGCAGCAGCCACAAACACCCGUGCCAACAACAUCACAGCAACAGAUUCUUAUACAACAACCAAAUACACCUCAACAAUCAACACCGAAUAAUUCAACAUCAUUAUCAUUGGACGAAACAUCAUAUGUCGAAUUUGAGGAUUCAUUUUUUGAUCAAUUUGUUGAAACAUCUAAUUCGAAUCAGAUGUCAUUGUCGAAUACAGCUAGCACAAACAGUAUUAAUAUGGUGACAAUCACCGGUAAUAAUCAAUUACAGCAAGAAUCAUUAGGACAACAAAUAGUUGGCAAUAAUAAUGAUUCGACGACAAUUGGUCGCAGCACUUCUAUGGAUAAUGAUCAAAAUCAAAGAUCCAAUACGGAAAGUUUAUUACAACGAUUAUUAUCACAUGAUAGUGGCAAUAGUUGAAUGAUAUCAUAUCCGAAACUUUCCGGAAGAGAUUCAUCCAUUUUUUUUCGUAAAUUACCUCCCCAAUCACAUUUGCUCAUCCAUUGGAUUUCAAUCUGAAAUUUUUCAUUUCAUUUUGCAUUGAAAUAAUCAUGGUAGAAAUCGCCAUUAUCAUUAUCAUCAUCGUUAUCCAUCAUGUGACAAUUAAGUCAUUCAUCAUGAAUGAUGUGACAUUUUUUCCCCUUUUUGUCUUGCCUUAAGUUUUUAUCCCUUAUCUGUUCGAAUUCGAACGUUGGCUGUGUUGAGAUUCAUAAAUGAUAUAUAUAUAUUCAUCAAUCAUCAUCAAAUAUUAUAGUGAAUAUAUAACUAAAGAAA